AUGUAUAUAGUUUUACCUGAGCAAAGAGAUGGGCUUGGUGAACUAAUAGAAAAGGUGAGUUCUGAUUCAGCUGGUUUUCUGGAUCGACAUGUCUCGAUCGAUCAUCCAUACAUUCGAACUAGACUAUUCAAGAUUCCAAAGUUCAAUAUCCUUUUUGAUUUCGAAGUAUCACGAGUACUCAAGGAGUUGGGUAUAGUUUUACCUUUUGAUGAAUCCAAAGCAGAGCUGACUGAGAUGGUGAAUAUUGAUGAUCCUAAUAAUGAAGAGAAACUUCAUGUUUCAAAAGUUUAUCACAAGUGUUUUAUUCAAGUUGAUGAAGAAGGAACUGAAGCGGCUGCUUCAACUGGCCCUACACUAGCAACACAGGCUGCCAGAGGCCCUCCUCCUCCUCCACCUGUUGAUUUCGUUGCAGAUCAUCCUUUCAUAUUCAUAAUCACAGAGGAGGAAAGUGGUGCGGUAUUGUUUAUGGGUCAUGUCCUCAAUCCUUCGCUAAACCCAUGA